AUGGACGGAGCCACGCCCAGGUGUGUUCCCAUCAAAUUGACCUGCCAGGACCUCACCUGCCCACCUGGAACUACCUGUCAGAUGGAGAAAUCAACCCCCAGGUGUGUCCCCAAAGCUCCAUCCUGCCAGGACCUCACCUGUCCACCUGGAUCCACCUGUCAGAUGGACGGAGCCACGCCCAGGUGUGUCCCCUUGGCACUGACCUGCCAGGACCUCACCUGCCCACCCGGAUCCACCUGUAGAAUGGACGGAGCCACGCCCAGGUGUGUCCCCAUCAAAUUGACCUGCCAGGACCUCACCUGUCCACCUGGGUCCACCUGCAGAAUGGACGGAGCCACGCCCAGGUGUGUCCCCAGAGCUCCAUCCUGCCAGGACCUCACCUGCCCACCUGGAGCUACCUGUCAGAUGGACGGAACCACGCCCAGGUGUGUCCCCAUCAAAUUGACCUGCCAGGACCUCACCUGUCCACCUGGGUCCACCUGUAGAAUGGACGGAGCCACGCCCAGGUGUGUCCCCAUCAAAUUGACCUGCCAGGACCUCACCUGCCCACCCGGACCCGCCUGUCAGAUGGACGGAGCCACGCCCAGGUGUGUCCCCUUGGCACUGACCUGCCAGGACCUCACCUGCCCACCCGGAUCCACCUGCAGAAUGGACGGAGCCACGCCCAGGUGUGUCCCCAAAGCUCCAUCCUGCCAGGACCUCACCUGCCCACCUGGGUCCACCUGUCAGAUGGAUGGAGCCACGCCCAGGUGUGUUCCUAUCAAAUUGACCUGCCAGGACCUCACCUGCCCACCUGGAACUACCUGUCAGAUGGAUGGAGCCAUCCCCAGGUGUGUCCCCAAAGCUCCAUCCUGCCAGGACCUCACCUGCCCACCUGGAGCUACCUGUAGAAUGGACGGAGCCACGCCCAGGUGUGUCCCCAAAGCUCCAUCCUGCCAGGACCUCACCUGCCCACCUGGGUCCACCUGUCAGAUGGACGGAGCCACGCCCAGGUGUGUCCCCAGAGCUCCAUCCUGCCAGGACCUCACCUGCCCACCUGGAGCUACCUGUAGAAUGGAGAAAUCAACCCCCAGGUGUGUGCCCAUCAAAUUGACCUGCCAGGACCUCACCUGCCCACCUGGAUCCACCUGUCAGAUGGACGGAGCCACACCCAGGUGUGUCCCCUUGGCACUGACCUGCCAGGACCUCACCUGCCCACCCGGAUCCACCUGUAGAAUGGACGGAGCCACGCCCAGGUGUGUCCCCAAAGCUCCGUCCUGCCAGGACCUCACCUGUCCACCUGGGUCCACCUGUCAGAUGGAUGGAGCCACGCCCAGGUGUGUUCCUAUCAAAUUGACCUGCCAGGACCUCACCUGCCCACCUGGAACUACCUGUCAGAUGGAUGGAGCCAUCCCCAGGUGUGUCCCCAAAGCUCCAUCCUGCCAGGACCUCACCUGCCUACCUGGGUCCACCUGCAGAAUGGAUGGAGCCACGCCCAGGUGUGUCCCUGUGGCACUGACCUGCCAGGACCUCACCUGCCCACCUGGAACUACCUGUCAGAUGGAGAAAUCAACCCCCAGGUGUGUCCCCAAAGCUCCAUCCUGCCAGGACCUCACCUGCCCACCUGGAUCCACCUGUCAGAUGGACGGAACCACGCCCAGGUGUGUCCCCAUCAAAUUGACCUGCCAGGACCUCACCUGUCCACCUGGGUCCACCUGCAGAAUGGACGGAGCCACGCCCAGGUGUGUCCCCAUCAAAUUGACCUGCCAGGACCUCACCUGCCCACCUGGAGCUACCUGUCAGAUGGAGAAAUCAAUCCCCAGGUGUGUCCCCAAAGCUCCAUCCUGCCAGGACCUCACCUGUCCACCUGGAUCCACCUGUAGAAUGGACGGAGCAACACCCAGGUGUGUCCCCGUGGCACUGACCUGCCAGGACCUCACCUGCCCACCCGGAUCCACCUGCCAGGCCCCGCCCUGCCCACCUGGCCUCACCUGCCUCCCCACCUGCGCGCCGGCCCCGCCCCUCGUGUGCCACGUCCUGAGCCGGCGCCGCUUCCGCGCCUUCGACGGCCGCACCUGGCGGCUGCCGCUCACCUGUCCCCUGGUGGCCACCUGCGCGGGCUCACCUGCGCUGCAGGUGUGGCUCUCCGGCCAGGUGGGCUCCGGCCCCGGGGCCACCUUCGGGCGAGUGACGGUGGCCGCAGACGGGUUCCAGGUGGAGCUGCGGCACGGCGAGGGGACCGCGGCCAGGGUGUCCGGCCGCCGCGUGCGCCUCCCGGUGUCGCUGGCCGGGGGCCGGGUGCAGGUGCGGCGCCGGGGGGGGCAGCGCCAGGUGCUGCUCACCUGGGCGGGGCUGCAGGUGAGCCUGGCAGGUGACGGCGCCGUCAGCGUGACGGGAACGGCGGCGGCCGCCGGGGGGCUCUGCGGGGCCUGCGCCGGGCAGCGCACCUGUGCCGCAGCCCCUCCCCCCUCGGCCCCUCCCCCUCCGCCCCGCCCCUCCCCCGCUACCUGCCGGCUCCAGGUGAGGCCGCGGCGCUUCCGGACCUUCGACGGCGCGCGGGGGGCGUGGGGGAGGGGCUGCCCCGCCCCCCUCCUGCUGGCCCGCACCUGCGCCCCGCCCCCUGCCCGCGGAGCCCCGCCCCCGGCCCGCGAGGCCCCGCCCCCGCUGGAGGUGGCGCUGGGGGGCGGGGCCGUGACGGUGACGCUGGCGGGCAGCAGGUGGCACCUGGAGAGGGGGCGUGUCCAGCUGGACGGCGCCGCGCUCCCGCUGCCCUUCUGCCUCCCGGACGGCUCCGUCUGCGUCGGCCCCGCCCCCGGCCACGCCCUGCUCCUGCUGACCCCCGACCUGCGCGUGGCCACCGGCCCCGGCGACGUCCUGGAGGUCACCGUGUCCCCCCGGCUCCGCAACCGCACCUGCGGCCUCUGCGGCGACUUCGACGGCGACGCCGGCAACGACCUCGGGAGUGACCACGAGGACCUCGGGAGUGACCGCGAGGACACCGGGAGUGACCACGAGGACACCGGGAGUGACCACGGGGACAUCGGGAGGUGUCCCCAGGGCCGCUGCCCGUCCAGGUGUGCCCCGGCCGCCGGUGCCGCCCCCCGGCCCCGCCGCGACCUGCACACAGGUCGCCUGCUGCAACCACUGGGAGCACUGGGAGGAGCCCUGGGAGCCCCACUGGGAGCACUGGGAGGAGCCCUGGGGGGGCCACUGGGAGCACUGGGGGGGCCACUGGGAGCACUGGGAGCCCCGGUGGCCCCCGGGGCCAUCCUGGGGCCGCUGCCGGGGCUGCCCUUGGGGCCAUAAACUGGGCCGGGCCGGGCUGGGGACAAUAA